CCUGAGAGAAGGGAGGGGACAGAGGAGGAGACACACCUGAUCAGCCGGGGAGACUUCUGAGGAGGCGGGCCGGCCGGGAGGAAGCGGUGCGGGGCGGGGGGGUGGGGGGGAUCGGAGCACCCCGGGAGGGAAGAGGGCGCACGGGCCCGGCCCUCCCACGCGCCCUCCAGGGACCCUGCAGCCAGACUGACAGCUAAGGAGCUCACGUACCCGCACACACGCACGAGCGCAGAACAAAGGGCCGGACAUGCUCCAGCCGGUUCCGCCUGCUCCUGGGCCUCGCGCGCCGGUGCCCCGGUUACCUGCGCAGAUGGGUCUAGCUGUUGCCCAGGCUGGAGUGCAGUGGCCUGAUGACAGCUCACUGCAGCAUCUACCUCUCAGGUUGAAACAAUCCUCCCAACUCAGCCUCCCAGAUUGUUGAGACUACAGAGACAGAAUUUCACCAUGUUGCCCAGGCUGGUCUUGAACUCCGAAGCUCAAGCAGUCCAUCCGCCUCGUCCUCCCAGAGUGCUGGGAUUACAGACGUGAGCCACCGUGCCCGGGCCCAUGUUUAAAAUAAUUACAGCUUUCUUCUGUUCUGAUACUUUUUUUAAAGUUUAGAAAUUUUCAUUACAAAAGACUAUACAAAAAUACCCUGCCUUUAGAAUGCAAGUGUAUAUGCCUAGAAAUAUUAGUCCUUGACACCUGUGUAUAAGUGAGGUCUGCAGGUUUUCUCUGUAUCAGGAAGUACAACAGGGGAGGGUCACGUGGUAAUAAGCAUGGCUUCCUAAGCAGUUGCCUUAGGGGAGCAGGCAUGGUAGACUGGGCUUGAUAAAUUUGCCUUUACAAGCAGGCAAACUGCUUUUAUAGGCCAGGCUGAUAGCAGUUUACAUUCAGACACACCUGGACUCUGGGGCACUGGUUCCAUGGGAGCCAUGGAUAGCCAACCUCCGACUCCAUCCACCAGCUGGGACUCUGCCCCCAGCAGUGCCACACUCUGGGCAAAAAUCCCUGCCAGCCAGGGACCCUGCUUCUACGGAAUUUGACCACAGCUUCUCGGAGCCAAGAGUGGAUCUAGCCCCAGGAAGGUGGGAUACAGAGGGAUCUCAGGCUAAUCCUUCCAUGCUGUCUUCAAGCCCUGCUUCCUGCACAUCUCCCAGUCCGGACGGGGAGAACCCAUGUAAGAAGGUCCACUGGGCUUCUGGGAGGAGGAUAACAUCAUCCACAGACUCAGAGUCCAAGUCCCACCCGGACCCCUCCAAGCUACCCAGGUCCCGGAGACCCAGCCGCCUGACUGUGAAGUAUGACCGGGGCCAGCUCCAGCGCUGGCUGGAGAUGGAGCAAUGGGUCGAUGCUCAGGUGCAGGAGCUCUUCCAGGAUCAAGCAACCCCUUCUGAACCAGAGAUUGACCUGGAGGCUCUCAUGGAUCUAUCCACAGAGGAGCAGAAGACUCAGUUGGAGGCCAUUCUCCGGAACUGCCCCCGCCCCACAGAGGGUUUUAUCUCUGAGCUGCUAAGUCAACUCAAGAAACUCCGGAGACUCAGUCGACCUCAGAAAUAAGCCCGGGAGAUCAUCUUUAGCAGCCUCAGCAUUACCAGGCCUGCCCUGACACUCCAGAUCCUGACUAACAGGGAAACAUCUCCUUGGGACACAAACAAGAAAUGUGGACAAGGAGGGACAUUUGCACACUCCUACUGUCUGUGUGCUCACAGCUAGUUUCUGUCAGCUGGGCUCUUUGGGAGAGGGCUGGCUGUUGUCCAAUGCUUUCCCUGGCAGCCAAGUGGAUAAAACCUUUAGGAGCCUCA